AUGGGUGGUAUUGGCAAGACCACCCUUGCUGAUGUUGUAUAUCACCGACUCUCUUCCAAGUUUGAAGCUUGUUGUUUUCUUCCAAAUGUUGGAGAAAAUUCCGAAGCAAAAGAUGGAAUAUAUAACUUACGAAAUAAACUUCUCCGUGAGAUUUUGGAUGAUGAAAAAAUAUAUAUUAACACUCCAUCUAUAGGACCAGAGGCUCUUAAAAAGAGGCUCCGUCGUACAAAGGUACUCAUUGUUCUUGACGACGUGAAUGAUUCAAGGCAAUUAGAACUUCUAGUUGGAGAUGAUCUUCAGUUUGGUGUCGGAAGUAGAAUCAUUAUAACAACUCGAGAUAGGAGCUUACUCAAUGAAAAGGUGGUUGAUGACAAAAUUUACGAGGUCAAGGGAUUGAAACAUGAUGGCGCUCUUCAGCUCUUUCAUUUGCAUGCUCUGAAAAAUAAGUCUCCUACGACAGUUUAUACAGAGUUUUCAAGAAAGGUGAUAGAUUAUAUUCAAGGCAUUCCAUUGGCUCUUAAAACUUUGGGUGCCUUAUUCCGUCACUGCAAUACAGAAGAAGACUGGGAUGAAGAAUUGAACAGAUUGAAAAAAUUUCCUAGCGAAAAAAUUCAGAAUGUGUUGAGACUUAGUUAUGAUGGAUUAGAAGAAAAUGAGAAGGAAUGCUUUCUUGACAUUGCAUGCUUUCUGAAAGGGGCAGAUGUUUAUUAUGCAAAAAGAAUAUUAGAUAUUCGGGGUUUCUCUGUGAAGGGAAUCCAAAAUCUCAUUGACAAGUCUCUCAUAUCAAUUUCAAAGACGAAUUUCUUAGAGAUGCAUGAUUUGCUGCAAGAAAUGGGCCGGACAAUUGUCUGCGAACAAUGCAAGGACAAGCCAGGAAAACGUAAUAGGUUGUGGGAUGCUGAUGAUGUCUAUCAAGUGCUGGAGAAUGAUACGGUAAGAACCAAAAAUCAUGAACUUUCUAUGACGGGACCUUUCUCACCCUUCAAGAAGAUGUCUAAUUUAAGAUUGUUGAUAAUUCAUGAUUCUCGUCUAAGGCUCAUGUACAAGGGUUUCUUUAAGUUUGGUGGAAAAUUGACGCAACAGGUUUAUGUUGCUGAUCUCUUUGACAAGUUGAAAAACAACAAUCUGGACCUUUCUCAAGGUCUUCAGUCUCUUCCCAAUUCUCUCAGGUAUCUUUACUGGCAGGGAUACCCGUUGAAAUCUCUUCCAUCAAAUUUUUCUCCACAAAAUCUUGUUGAGCUUCGAAUGCCCGGCAGCUUUGUUGGGGCAGAACUUUGGAGUAAAAACCAGAAUCUUGGGAACUUAAAAGUGAUUGAACUAAGUUUUUGCGUGCAUCUGACUGAAGUUCCAGAUCUCUCUCGCAGUAAAAAAAUUGAGCAUAUAGUGCUUUUUGGGUGUGAUAGAUUGCUUCGAAUUCCUUCUUAUUUUAAAGAUCUUGACAAGCUUAGAUGGCUGAAUCUGGGAAAGUGCUUAAGUCUAGAAUUCUUACCGGAGCUCCCAAUGCUAUGUUGUCUUGAAGCAAGGGGCUGCACUUCACUGAAGACAGUUUCAAGUUCAAGAAAUUCACUCACACAAGCUUGGGAUAAAUAUGAAUUGUUUCGAGGGCGUUUUAACUUUGUUGAUUGCCCAAACUUGGAUGAAAAUGCAAGGACCAAUAUAAUGGCUGACACACAGUUAAGAAUUAUGCGAGUGGCAACUGGGCCAUUGAAAACUCAGCAACGUAAAGAAGAAGAGCUUGUCAUGGAAAUGACUUCAUCUAUCCCUACCUGCUGUCGGACUUUAGGCAGCACCGUCUCUGCUCGGACUUUAGUUAGCACUGCAUGUGCAGGAAAUGAAAUUCCAAAUUGGUUCCGCCAUCAAAAUGAAGGAUAUUCGAUAACUAUCAAGCUUCCUCGAAAUUGGUAUUGUACAGAUUUUUUGGGUUUUGCUCUAUCUGUUGUUCUCCCUUGCCACUGUGGAUAUUAUAAAUAUCUGAUGCUUGGAUGCUCGUGCAAUUUUAAAACUAAUAGUGGUGAAAGCCAUAAAACCAUUUAUCCUUCCCAUUAUCCUUUUAAUGAAAAUGGGGGAAUGGUUGCUUAUUCGGAAUUUGGUCACAUAUUUGUGUGGUAUAGUGCGCUUGCACUUGGAGAGGAAGCAAAUUUAAAUCGCUCCACUUUUUUUUACAAACUUGUCACUGAGGCCUGUUUUGAGUUCACCGCGAAAGUCACCACCCUUUUCAGAUUAGAGGUGAAAAAGUGUGGGAUCAGCCUGCUGUAUGCUCAAGAUGUCAAGACCAUCAAGUCGGGAGGAACUACAGGUUGGAGUAGCCCAAAAAAAAAAAAAGUUAGAAAUGAAAAAUUAAGAAUUUGAGCUCUUCUUAUUGUUUGUAUUCUCAUCUUUUAAGUUGUUUGUAAGCCUUGUGGCCGAGGGAUUCCUCGUAUUAGUCUUUGUUGUUGUAAUGCUUUGGCUUUCCAAGUAAUUUAUAAG